AUGGGUAAUCGAUGCACUCGUCCAAAAACGAAUGAUGAUAUUCCUCCAAAUUAUAAACCAAUAGACCAAUCCACAACGAAGAAGAUCGAUUUAUCUAAUCUGAAUUUACAAGAUGAAGACAUUCCCAAUGAUAUAAAAGAAGCGCUUAGAACAGAGAAAUCGCUAUCAUUGUCAAAAAACGAAAUAACAACCGAUGAUAUUCUGAAGUUAGUCAAUGUUCUUAAAACAAAUGAAAAUCUCACGCAUCUUUAUCUAUCAUCAAUUCCGAUUGGAGCUACAAAUAGAGGAAUUGGGUAUAUUGGAGACUUAAUUCGAAAUAAUCGAAGCAUCGUUCAUUUAUCUUUGGAUAAUACAAAAAUAGAUGAUCGUGCAUUUGGAAUGAUCAUUGCUGCACUUAGCUUGAAUUCACCAUCUAUUCAAUGUCUUGAUCUUCGAUCAAAUAAAGACGUCACAGAUCAUUCGGUACCAUUUCUCCUUAAGAUGGCUGAAAAAAAUCACAUAUUAUCUCAUUGUUAUUUGAAUGAUUGCGGACUGUCUGAAGAAGGAAAAGAAAAACUUCGAAAAGCAAAAUCAAUCAAAUGGUAUCUACGUGAAAACACUUGA